AUGCCUUACCUGCACGUCAACACCCUUGCGACAUGCAUAUCCCUUCUACAGCUCCUACAACCAACAACAGCAACAAAAGAUGAUCUAUACCACGUAAACCCGCUUAUCGGGUCAACAAAUGGCGGGAACGUCUUCGCAGGCGCAAGUCUCCCAUACGGCCUCGCAAAACCCGUCGCAGAUGUAGAUGGCCAAAACAGCGGCGGCUUCUCCACAGACGGAAGCAAUGUCACCGGCUUCUCACACAUGCACGACAGCGGCACGGGCGGGAACCCAUCUAUGGGACAGUUCCCCUUGUUCCCGCAGUACUGUGCCGACAACGUGGUCGACAAUUGCAAGUUCACCAAGACAGCACGCGCAGUCCAUUACGUGAAUGAUUCCGUUACCGCGCGCCCGGGGUAUUUUGCUCUGGAGUUGGUAAACGGAAUCAAAGCUGAGAUGACAGCCGCAAGACGGACGGCGUUAUACCGAUUUACGUUUCCUGAGAACAAAACUCAGAAUGGAUCGAUGUUGGAUCCACUUAUCGGGCUUGACAUGACGGAUUUAUGGGAUAGUCGACAAAAUGCAAGUAUAUCUGUUAAUACCGAGUCUGGGCGGAUUAAGGGAAAUGGGACGUUCUUGCCUAGCUUCGGGGCAGGCUCUUACCAGGCUUAUUUCUGUGCUGAUUUUGCGGGCGCUAAGAUUCGUGAUAGCGGGAUCUGGGUCAAUGAUCGCGCUGGUUCGGAGCCGAAGGAGUUGUUUGUUACUCGGGGCUUUAACAAUUUCUACCUCCAAGCUGGUGGAUAUGUGAGUUUCGAGAGACCGGAUGAUGGUGUUGUCACGGCUAGGGUGGGCGUCAGCUUCAUUAGUACUGAUCAAGCGUGCUCAAAUGCGGAGAUGGAGGUACCUGAGCCACUAGGUGACUUUGGCGGACUCCAAAGUACGGCCGAGGAUGCUUGGAAGGAAAAGCUUAGUCCUAUUAAAGUCAUACCGGGUGGUGUGAGCGAUGAUAUGCUGAGUGCGUUCUGGAGUGGAAUCUACCGGACAAUGCUUUCGCCUCAGGAUAUGACCGGAGAAAAUCCUUUGUGGGAAAGUGAUGAGCCGUACUUCGAUUCGUUCUAUUGUCUUUGGGAUGCUUUUCGUGCUCAGCACCCAUUUCUCACGAUUUUGGAUCCAAAGGCGCAGUCGAGGAUGGUCCGGAGCUUGCUCGAUACCUUCAAGCAUGAAGGAUGGCUUCCUGAUUGUCGCAUGAGUCUCUGCAAAGGGUGGACUCAGGGAGGGUCCAAUGCAGAUGUGGUGAUCGCAGAUGCGUAUGUCAAGAAUCUGACUGGUAUUGACUGGGAGCUUGCCUACAAGGCAAUGGUGAACGACGCCGAAAAUGAGCCGCUGGAGUGGUCAUAUGAAGGACGAGGGGGUCUUCAAAGCUGGAAACGACUGGAUUAUAUUCCAUACUUGGACUUUGAUUAUUUAGGAUUCGGAACCAAUUCGCGAAGCAUCUCACGGACUGUCGAGUAUGCUUAUAAUGAUCACAGUAUCUCUGUGGUGGGCAAGGGUCUUGGAAAGGCGGAUUAUACCACCUACGUUUCUCGCUCGAACAACUGGAAGAACCUUUUCAAAGAUGACCAAACUUCACUACUAGAGAAUGGAACCGACACUGGAUUCGUUGGUUUCUUUCAGCCAAGGUACCUGAAUGGCACCUGGGGGUUCCAGGAUCCAAUUGCCUGCAGUGCCUUGGCUUCUUGGUGCUCGUUGACUUCGAAUCCCUCCGAGACAUUUGAGUCAAGUAUCUGGGAGUAUCAGUUUUACGUGCCUCAUGACAUGGCGACAUUGAUCAAACUCUUAGGAGGGCCCGAUGCCUUCGUUUCCCGACUAGAUUACUUCCACGAGUCCGGACUCGCAGACAUCAGCAACGAGCCCGUAUUUCUGACUGUAUACGAAUACCACUACGCAGGCCGACCAGCCCUUUCCGCAAAGCGAGCCCACAGCUACAUCCCACGAACAUUCAAUGCCUCCGAGAACGGCCUUCCAGGCAACGACGACUCCGGGGCCAUGGGCUCAUUCCUCGCCUGGAGCAUGAUGGGUCUAUUCCCAAACCCGGGCCAGAAUGUAUACCUGAUAACUCCGCCCUUCUUCGAAGCGGUCGAAAUCACAAACCCGGAAACCAAUCAAACAGCCACAAUCCGAAACAUCAAUUUCGACCCCACGUACCAAAAUAUCUACAUCCAAAGCGCCACGCUGAAUGGUAAGCCAUUUUCGAAGAACUGGAUUGGCCAUGACUUUUUUACCCAGGGUCUGACGCUGGAAUUGACGCUUGGGGAGCAAGAGAGCGGGUGGGGUACAAGCAAGGAGGAUUUGCCUCCUAGUCAGAGCGACUCAUUUGUCCAUGAUGAGGUGCAUCGUGCAUGA